CCCGCCGGCCCAGUUCUGAGGAGAUUCGGCCGAUCCUGUGGCUGUCAUGUUUGGUGAGAAAGCGACCGAGCUGGUGCGAGAGCUCUACCGCGCGAGCGAUGGGCAGCUUCCUGCCUUCAGCGAAGAUGGGAUCAGACAAGUACUUGAAGAGAUGAAAGCAUUGUAUGAGCAGAACCAAAUUGAUGUAAAUGAAGCCAAGUCAGGUCACAGUGAGUUGAUUACAACAAUCAAAUUCCGUCAUUGCUCUCUGUUGAGAAACCGAAGAUGUGUUGUUGCAUACUUGUAUGACCGCUUACUUCGCCUCCGGGCACUUAGGUGGGAAUAUGGUAGCGUCUUGCCAAAUGCUGUCCGAUUUCACAUGUCAGCAGAUGAAGUGCUUUGGUUUAACCAAUAUAAAAAGUCAUUGGCUACCUAUAUGAGAUCAUUAGGAGAAGGAGAUGGCCUUGAUCUUACACAAGACAUUAAACCUCCCAAAAACUUGUACAUUGAAGUUCGGUGUUUGAAAGAUUAUGGAGAAUUUGAAAUUGAUGAUGGCACAACAAUUCUGUUGAAGAGGAACAGCCAGCAUUUCUUACCACGCUGGAAAUGUGAACAAUUAAUCAGGCAAGGAAUUCUAGAACACAUCCUAUCAUAAGCUGUAUUUACAAGACUGCUAAAAUACACAUAAAUUAAAUAUUUUUGCAGAUUUCAAAAUAAAGUCAAUAAUUUUUUUCUCCUUUGAUGUUUUCUUUGAAAAAAUAAGUUUAAAGUCUAAAAAUAAGUUUAAAUUUAUUAUUAGAAGGACACAGAUAAUAUUUUUUGAAGAGGAAAGAUGUGAUACCUACAAGACCAUUCUCCAAAAACAAGUAGAUUGCUUUUGUUCAUUGCCUCAGUUGUUAUCCCUAUCUUUGGUUAUCUUUUGAGAUUAAAGUUACUUUGUUUUGGUCUUCUCUGGCCUUUUUGUAUAAAAAAAAUUAAUGGACCAAAUGCCAUAACACAUUCAUUUGUAAUUACUAUAUAUUGCUUUGUGCUAUUUGAAAUCAUGUAAUAAUCCUUUGUAAAUAUUUAAAUAUUUUUAUACAAUGUAUAAAUUGCAUGUGAUUUCUAUAGUAGAUGUAAGUGUUAUGACUACAAUCACUUUUGUGAUGUUUUCAAUUACCAUGCGCGCCUUAAAAGUACCUGUGGAUUUCUGGCAGAAUCCACCCAAAUCACAAAGUUAUAUAAUAAAAUUUUCCAGAGUAAGUUUUUAACCAAUCAAGAUAAUCUAUUUCUUAGUAGUUUUAGUGACAUCGGAACAAUACAAUUUGAGCAGCUUAUUUCAUUUUAGAUGGAAGAAGUAGUAUGUGCAUUAUUAAUGUAGAUUA